UUAACGGGUAACCUGGGCUGUACUGCAAUAACUGUGGGUCUGUCUGCAAGCAGCUGCUUCGUCGCAGAACUCAAUCCGCCGUUUGUGCCAGCUGGCAGAAAUGUCGGAGACCUCAAGUGAUGCGGAGUCGUCCUGUGGAUGGACCAUUGUCAGUAAUGAGGGCUCAGACAUCGAGACGUUGGGUUCAGAGGUCGCUGUUGAAUAUGGAGUGGAACCAUUAGAGUGUCCUCACGUUGAAGAAGCAGAGCUGCAGGAUGCACAGGCCUCUGCACCGGAUGGUGUGUGUGUUGGAGAGGCUGCCUCAGUUGAAAACACUGUGGAAGAACAAACCUUAGACGAGACACUUGAGGCCUCAAAGGCCGCAGACAACACUGAAGGGAAGGAGCACAUGUUGUCCUUCAGUGACCACUCCGACAUCGUGACUCUGGGGGACCUAAAGGAUGACGAGCACACGGAGCAGGAAGCGGGAGCCGCCAACACUGAGGAUUUGUAUCUGGGCUCGUCCAGCAGCAGCCAGUACACCUUCAGACCUGCAGAACCCGUUUUGCCAGUUCAGCCGCCCACAGUGACGAACUCCAGCAGCAGUGAGGACGAGCCCGAAAGAAGUGCCAGUACCAUCGUACGAAGACGGAGGUUGAGAAAAAACACAAUGAGCCUCACAGCAGACCAGGAGGAGGAGGAGGAGGAGGAGGAAGCACUGCUGGUGUCACACCCCAGAGAGGAUAAGCAGGAAGAAAAGGUCAGGGAACAGGUGCACCAGCAGGAGGAGCCGACUGAGGUCAAGCCAGCUGCUGGGAGGAGACGGCUGCACAGCAUCUUCAUCACAUGCAUCCUCCUCGGCCUCCUUAUAGCCGUCUGCAUGGGCUUUGGUCACUUCUACAGUAAAAUGUUUCAUGAUGACCCUAGAGACGAGUUUAUUUGUGGCGGCGCUGACUCUUUUCAUUUACACGACUUGGAGCAUUUUCCUUCUGAGGAUGAUGACUUUUUUCCUUGCGUGAGUGAUGAGUCUGGCAUCAUCGAACCACAUGACGAAGACAUCCACCAGCUCAGACAACAAAUCGAGAAGUUAAAGAAUGAUCAUCUGGAUCUUGUCCUCAAACAAAUACAGAUACAGGCUGAAAGAGAUGACCUGCAAACAUUACUGCAACAUGAGGUUGAUGAGAGGAUGAGCGUCUUGUCUGAGCAGCAGAGGCUGUCAGCAGAAAACCAGCUGCUGAAAAACUCCCUGGAACGGGAGGAGAAGUCUUUGGCCGCGCUGCAGGAGGAGCUGAGAAACCUGCGCUCGCAAAUUAAAGAGCUGGAGACGCUGGGGGCCGGAGCGGACUCCCUGCUGCUGGAAAACCAGAGGCUGAAGGAGCAGCUGGAGGAGGAGAAACGGCAGGUUCGAAACGUUCACGGCCAGAGGGAGAACAUAAUGGUGGAGGCACAGACGCUGAGAAAAAAGCUGGAGAAAGAGAGAAAGGCCACAGACGAGCUGCGGAGAGAGCUGAGCCACCUGAGGAGUCGCGCUGAGGGAGCCGGGAAGGAAGCGAGCUCGGAGCUGCAGUCCCGCCUGAUGGCGCUGGAGAAGAGGCUGAACUUCGAGCAGCAGCGCUCCGACCUGUGGGAGAGGCUGUACGUGGAAACCAAAGAGGACCGAGCCAAAGGAGACGUGGACGCCAAAGUCAAAAAAUCCAAACGAGGCGUGGCAGGGAAAAUGAAAGAGACUUUUGAUGCUGUAAAGAACUCCACAAAGGAGUUUGUUCACCACCACAAAGAGCAGAUCAAGAAGGCCAAGGAGGCCGUGAAGGAGAACCUCAGGAAGUUUUCUGAUUCUGUCAAAUCGACUUUCCGGAACUUCAAGGAUUCAGCCUCAACCUUCAUGAAUAAAGCCCGAGGAUUUUACAACAAGAAGCGAGAUGAGAAGAGUAGCAGAGAGUCGUGGCAGCACAGAUCCCACAAACCUCACCACAGGCACAAGCCGGACCCCUCCCAGAGCAGCCACAACACCCGCAAGUCAGGGGGCAAAGUUCACGAAGACCGAGGACACAGUCACAGGGCAGGCGUGAAGGGGUGCUCCGGGGUUUUCGACUGCGCCUACCAGGAGUCCAUGAGCCUCUUCAACAAGGCCAUGGAGCCGAUCAGGGCCGACGAGUUCCACCAGCUGCUGCAGAGCUACGUGCAUCAGGAGGUCGACCACUUCCACCACUGGGAGGAGCUGGAGACGUUCAUCAGCGGCUUCUUCCACAACGGACUGUUCAUCCACGACCAGAUGCUGUUCACGGACUUCGUAAGCGGCGUGGAAAGCUAUCUGGCGGACAUGCACGAGUAUCACGGCCUCGCCGACGACGUGUUUAGAGACCUGGACGACUUCAUCUACAGACAUUUCUUUGGAGAAUCGUAUGACAAAAGGUACGGUCCGAGCGGGCCAUUUGAAGGACCCAGCACAGACUCCAAGGAGGAGUCGCGGGCAAAGCACCAGCAGCGAAAACAGCAGAGAGCCAGAGCUCGAGCGCAGAGCGAGCGCAAGUGGAGCCGGUCAGGAAGAAACGCAGACAGACACAUGGCUGACGUCAAAAUAGAGCUGGGCCCCAUGCCGUUUGAUCCAAAAUAUUGAAACUCCCUCUCUGCUAAUCGAUUGCAUUAGCUGCACAUUUUAAGUUUUGGGUUCCCUUUAGAUGCAAAACUGUUUUACGUUGACUUUUAUUGCUACUGAACGUCCUUCAGCUGUUUGUUGUGUUUAAAGAAUUACCUGGUUUUACGACGUGGCGUAUUUAAUUUCUGCAGCACAUUUGUAACAUGAGGUUAACAUUUGACCAAAAAUUAACUGAAGCAUUCUUUGACUUUUGCCUCAUAAAUUUAUGAAAAUCAAUGUGGUAUCACUAAUACUUUAAAAAUUUAAAAAUUAAACUUCUGUCGUUUACAAAACCAUUUUAUGGAAAGUUAAAGCUGUGUGAGAAUGUGUUGAUAGGGUUUUUAUUUGCUGCUAAUGAGGUGUGUGUGAGAUUGUGUGUUCCUGUUUUUCUUACAUUCCACCUCCAGCUUGUUUAACUGGAUCUCAAAGUAUUUUCACUUUAAGUUGACUGGAAAGAUGCCAUCCCAAAUCAUUUAAUUGCACAUGAAAAGAAAUGAAAAUAUUUAUUUCUGUAGCACAUUCAUUCCCUGUCAGGUUCUCCCAGGGGCAAUUCUUUCAUAAAUAAAGAUGCUUCCUCCAACUCUUC